GACAUUAAGGUCUCUAUUAUAAUCUAAACUAUAAUAUCAUGUUUUAACCUCUCUAUAUUAAAUUGUACAGGGAAAUAAUGAUAGAAAAACUCGAGAACCAAUACCAUGCGAAAGAAAAAGAAUUAAGAGAAUUAAGAGAAUUUACAGUUUUAGAGAAAAGUAUUAUGGAUAAAGAAGUAAAUGAGAAAGUGGAGGUUUCAAUUAAAGAAAUGGGUGAAAAGUUAAAUCAACGUGAUUUGUAUAUAAACCAAGUAGAAGCCGAACUUUAUAAACUAGCAGAUGAAAAGUCAACUUUAAAUGAAAAAAUAGCGGAAUUUGAGAGUGAACUCGCAGAUCUGAGACCAAAAUGUGAAAGAGUGGGGGGACUUUUUUCAAGAGUUCAAGAAUUGCAGACGGAACUUGACCUGAAAGAAACUGAGAUGAAAAAACUUGUAACAAGACUCGAAAUGGCCAGUCAGAGAGACAAAAGCUUGACGAGUGUGAAUAAGAAAAUAGCAGCAAUAGAAGCUGGAGCAGAAAAGAAGGAUGAAGUCAUCCAUCCCUCGAAGCAUUAUUCCGACCAGGUCACUCAGCUACAAGGUGAAAACAUGGUCUUGAAAGAGAAACUGACAACAACUGAGGCCGAACUGCUUUCAAAAACUGAGGCACUGGCAGAAACACAACCCAGGUUAGCAGAAUUACAGAAAGAGUUGGAGAAUCUCCAGAAUGAGGUUGGUGACUUGCAAGACAUUAUUGAACGAGAAACAGAUGAAAAUACGGAAAAUAAAGAAAAAAUCACAAAUCUUCAAAGAGAGAUUUCUGAUCGAAGAGAUCAGAUUGAAGACCUAGAGGGACAAGUCAAACAACUGUCAUUGACAAAAAAAUCCCUGGAACAUGACUACGAAAGAUUACACACGGACCACGCAGACAUGCUGUCAUGGUACCAGAAACAACAGGAAGAAGAUAUACUCAAAGCAGAAGGUAAAGAUACAGAAUCAAUCUUGAAGGAACAGUUAUCAGAAUUACGACAAGAAUUUAGCGUGAAAAGAGAGGCCAUCGUUACUAUGGAAAUGGAAUUUCGUGAUACGUUAGCGGGUAAGGUUGAGGAACUGAGCAACAAGCAAAUAAAAGUGGAAACAUUAACGACUGACUUAGAAGCUUUUGAUAAAACGAAAGAAGAGUUGGCAGACGUGACCAAUGAGAAAUGUGAAUUAGAACAAGAUAUCAAAGACAAUAUUGAACAAAUUGCCAUUCUGCAAGUUGAUUUGGAAGAGAAAACUGAAGCCAUAAAAUCCUUGAAACAAGAGAAUGAAGCUUUGUGUCAGGAUUCUGAAGAAUCCAAAGAACAGAUCACAAAAUUACAGAUUGAUGUCGCAGAUGGUCUUGAGACAAUUACAGAACUGAAAAAUCAAGAAAGUGAAUUAGAAGCUAAAGUCCUUGAGCUUCAACAUGAUUUGUCCGUAAAAUCUGAGGAAGUUACAAGAUUAAAUGAAGGAAAGGCUUCAGAAAGUCAUUUCCAAGAACAGAUUUUAAACUUGCAAAAUCGUGGAAGAGAAUUAGAAGAGCAGAUUGUAGCAUUAGAAGAAGAAUUGUCCACAAAAUCAGAAGAAAUUAAAAAUUUACAUCAAGAAAAAAUAUCUGAAAGUGAAUUACAAGCUCAAAUUACAAAAUUACAAACGGAAUUAUCAAAUGGAUUCGAGACAAUUACAGAAUUGAAAAAUAAGGAAAAGGCUUUACAUGGAGAAAUCAAAACACUGCAGGAAGAUUUACUGAAGAAAACUGAAAUUUUUUCAACGUUACAAGCAGAAGUAGCGACGGAUAAUGAACAAAUAACGUGUCUACGCAAAGAUUUAUUAGAAAGUGUAAACACUGUUGAUAGGUUAAAACAAGAAAGACAGUCAAAUGUGACAGAUGCUGAGCAGACGGAUAAUGGAGGGAGAAUACAACAGCUACUUGACAAGAAAAAAGAAUUGGAAGAAGAAAAUCGAAAGAAAAUGGAAGAACAGGAAACUGAAUGGAAGAAAACUGUUAGAGAUUUGAAAUUAGAUAGUUUCUCUUUACGAUCACAACUCAUUGAUGCCAAAAAAGAAUGGGCAAGAUUGGGUCAGGCUUUUGAUGCUUUUGAUAUUAAAAUUGAGAAAAAUGGGCCACAUUAGAAGAAAGUAAUGCAGCCAUGUAUCGUGAAAUUUAUCAACUGAAAUAUUCACACAAUAAAGAAGGAAUCGAAUUUGAAAAAAAAGAGGCUGGUUUAGUUGAUACUGUACAAUAUAAAGAUGGUGUUAUAAACAGAUUAAAAGAUCAAUUGAGAAGACAAGGUGAAGAUUUAGAUACAACCACAUGUGAACCAGUGAAACCGACGAGACCAGUAGAACAGGUAUUGGUAGAUGUAGGAACAGCCAGUGGUGUUAUAGAUAAAUAUACCGUCUGUAUGAUUGAAGCAGAGAAUAAAUAUCUUCAAGAAGAUAACGAUAAACUCAAGAAAGAGCUAGACGAGUUAAGAACAGAAAAUGAAAAUCUCCAAGCGAAAAUACGCAAAUUGAAACAUGAGAAGAAAGAAAUCAUCAGGAUUCCAGAUAGAAACAAUACCAGAAUACCAGAAGCACCACCCAAGGAAGACCUGGUGGAGGUUGGUGGAAGCCCGGUGGUGGUUGGUGGAAGCCUGGUGGUGGUUGGAAUCUGCUUCGUAGCUGUGGCCAUUCCAUUGGUAGUUGAGUUGGCGUGGGAAGGAGUGGGCGUCUGGUGCGGGGCCUAUAUCCAUGUUCCAGUAGUGGUGGGGUUGGGGGAAAAAACUGCUUGUGUGGACGUGCAAAUGGGACAAGAUAAGAAAGCUGUAAUGACGAGAUACAGUAGAGAUUGAAGAGAAGAGGGGGGGGGGGAAAUAAAAUGUAUCUAUAUAGAAUGUUGUGCAGUAUUUGUUUACUGUGGUAUUUGUUCUAAGAAAUGGAAAAUGCGAGACAAAAAGUAAAUUAGCAGAGAGACAAGGUUAGAUAUUCGACGUGUGUGAGUAGAUUGGUAGAAGAGCUCGUGCUCAAGCGUGUACUGAUUUCACAAUAUGUACUGGUAACGUAACGGAAUGAAACUAGAAAUAUAACACGUAUGAAACAAAGGGAAAUCGUUUGAACUUUGAGGUUUAUUAAUUACACAGUAUAGUAUAUUGUGUAAUGUCAAUUGUUCAAUUUAAAACUAUUAACAGAUAUAAAAAUAUAAAGAGAGAAAAAGAAUCUUACAUAUAAUAUAGAUGGGUCGUUCCUCGAUUAUAUCGCGAUGCACAUUUCGGAGUGGUAUCCUUUAUCAAGCGAUGAUAGUCUAACCCAAAUGAAAGUGAUUGUGAGUCUUACAGUCCCGAUCUCAGAACUGAGCAUACUAGAAAAUACCAGGCCCUGAGUUCACAAAUCAUUCUCAGACUUACGUUAAGAAUUUACUCAUAAUUCAUUGCCUUAUUUUAAAUAACAUAUAUAGCCCUUUAUAUAACGUUUAAAGUAUCAAAUACAUCAAUAAUAAACUAUAUGCAAAGUUUUGUGUUAGGGCAGGUGAUUGUUGCCGAGGAUUUAGGGUUAGCCCUGUUAACAUCUCGUGACCUUGACGAAAUCUGCAGGUGGCCUUAAUAUUUAGAUCUACCUUGACAAGGAGAGUGAAGAAAUAAAGAUAUUAACCGAAUGUUUGCCUCAAAAUUUCAAAUUUUGGCGUAACCAGAAAAAUGGUUGCGGGUUUAUGCUCUGCGUAACCAUUUUCUUUGGUUACGUCAGAUGACCAUUGCGUAACCAAUUGGUUACAUAAAAUGGUUGCGCUGCUUUCAUGUUUUAUCCAGAUUUAAAUGGUGCUAUUAUUCAUUUCCACUUGCAGUGAAUGUAUUUUUUUAAAGAAAUAACUUGACUAAUUAAUAUUCUUUUAUAUUUAAUAUUAUAUAUUUUGAGGUUAAGUGUUUAUGACUUAAAUCCCACGGUGUCCCCAUUUAAAAAAUAAAACGUUAGAAAAAAAAAAUGUUCCACUUCACUAAAUCCCUAUCCAUUUUAAUAAUGAGGGGAAUCAGUUCUAAAAAUUACAAAUGGAUUUUCGUUUUUGUAUCAUAUCUGACCUUCAAAAACCAGGAAUGGUAGCUACCGCAUUGUUUUCGGUCACUGAAGACUACAUGCGUACUUCAUAUUACACUUGUCACUUGCAAUCAUUCAUCCAAGCACGUAGCAUGAGAUAGCCUCACUCAUAGGUAGUGACUGAUUGACAAACAGUAUUUAUAAACCUCGGCACUCUAUACACAAAGUCUCAAAAGGAAACAGAAUAGUUUGAUGCCAUGAAAUAAUAUUAAAAUAGACAGGGCAGUAAAAUAGUUUACAUUAUCGCUGGAGCGAUGCAGGGGAGGGGGUCAAAGUUGACGACAUACAUACGGCAUGGCUAUAGUGAAAACUGAAAGGAACGCGUGUAGUAAAUUCUUUGGAAAUAUAGCCGACAUGUUAAAUAGUCAAACUCAUUUCUCAUUUUGUGUUUGAAAAUCCAAAGGUACGCUUUCAAAUAUUUAUGGCAUAUAAUCAUUUAAAGAAUUAGGGGUGAGGGGCAUUUUUAAAUCAACCUGCUUGCAACUGGUCAAUAGCCUACGUGGUGUCAAAAUACGUGAUCUGUCAAAGUACCUCUAAUAGUAAGUGCAGGAGGACCGCACUACACGUAAAACAAAAAUCUACAAGAUAAACCUGCGGACAAGACAGAAAAUAGACAUUGCACUAAUAAACAAAUAUCAAAUCAAGUGAAUGGAUCUGGGGGCCAGUAGUGACACAGACUUCACUCAAAUUUGAAAUGAAAUGAAAUGGGGUUUAAUGUCCUACUGUUUUGCUCCUAUACUGGGCUAAUGAAGACGGGCAUACGCCAUACAGUGUGCUAAGAGGGAAAUUUUGCCCGGGCAGCGGCACUAUCGCCUACUCUUAUAUCGAAUUCCAACUGCCAAGGGAUCUUUAACGUGCAUUCCAAUGUAUACACGGGACCUCAGUUUUUCGUCUCAUCCGAAGGACUAGACAGCUGUCCUUGUCAGACCCUCUUUCCUGCACCACUGACAAGGGGAAACCACGUAGGAAAAUCAGGAUGAACUUUCUCGGCCAAUGCAGGGAUCGAACACCCGACCUCCAGGCUAGCGAGCCAGCGUCUUAACCACCUAGCCGCCGUGGCUCCCACUCAAAUUUGAAAACAAUCAGGAAUACAAAAAGGAUGUAACAGAAAUAAUGCGACCGAUCUUGACAGUGGUCGUCUCCUCAAUGGCGAUAGUCUGCCAGUUGACGUCAUGAGUUAGAACGUCAAAUAAUUUUAACAAUAAGGGCGAUAAUCCGGAUAGAAUCUCGGAAAACGCUAAAAUAAUAAGUGUAGUGAGCAAACAGGAGCAAAACCCGACAACGAGAACAUUCUGCAGUACGAAGGGUUAAAACUCUACUCUAAUAGUAAGUGCAGGAGGACCGCACUACACGUAAAACAAAAAUCUACAAGAUAAACCUGCGGACAAGACAGAUGGAGGAAUGAAAUGCCAAGAAUGAAUGAAUGGAGUUUGUGCUAUAAUACAAAUAAUUUAGACCUGUGUCACAAGUCAUCCUGUAUAAAAAUUGAUCAAAUUUGAAUAAAUCUGUUAAUGAAAUUUGUUAACGUAACCGAUAUUUCAAUUUGCGUAACCAGGAAAUCGGUCGCGUGUUUUUGAGGUGGCGUGACCGCACGUAACCGAUUGGUAUCGUUCGCGUGAAAUUUCGUGGCCUGAAAAUGACCAAAGUAUUGUGCUAAUGAGACAUUAGAACUCCAUUUGUAUCCUAUGUUUCUUAGAAAGAUAUGUUAUUAAGUUCUUACCUGUUUCUUCAUCUGUUUCUUCUGAUACUUUACGUUUCUUCGUUAUCAUACUUUCACUGUUGAUAUUCUCUUUUCCACUAUAACAAGCCAACAGUGAGGCUGAUGUCCCCCGCCGAAAUUGCAAAAUAAAUAGAUGACACAUAUUAAUUAAUCGCACAUUUAUUUUUUUCACUAAGUUUCAUCACUCUCUAUCAGAUAGAAUCAAGAUUAUCUUGUCCCAAACCAUCGACAAAUGAAAUCGAUUAGCUCUGCUUAGCUUCAGCUCGAAAUGUUAAUUAUUGAACUCAGUCAAGACAUUCACCUAAUGAACAUCUACAUAUACAUCAAGUUUAAACAUUCACCUAAUAGACACCUAUGCCAAGUUUGAACAUUCUACCUCAAUUAGAAGGAGAGUUAUUGUGUUCCAAAGUUUCUACCAAUCAAAUUGCUUAUCACUCUGCUUACCCUCAGCAAAAAAUGUUCAUUAUCGAACUUAGUUAAGGUAUUCAUAUAAUAAAUCUAUACACCAAGUUUCAUCAAUCUCACUUAAUUAGAACUAAAGUUAUCGUGUCCCAAAGCAUCAACCAAUCAAAUUGCUUAUCUCUGCUUACCCUAAGCGGAAAAUGCUCAUCUUCGAACUCCAUCAAGGCAUUGACCUAAUCAACACAUACACCAAGUUUGAACAUUCUAGCUCAAUUAGGAAGAGAGUUAUCGUGCCCCAAAGUAUCAACCAAUCAAAUUGCUUAUCUCUGCUUACCCUAAGCGGAAAAUGCUCAUCUUCGAACUCCAUCAAGGCAUUGACCUAAUAAACACAUACACCAAGUUUGAACAUUCUAGCUCAAUUAAAAGUUAUCGUGUCCCAAAGCAUCAACCAAUCAAAUUGCUUAUCUCUGCUUACCCUAAGCGGAAAAUGCUCAUCUUCGAACUCCAUCAAGGCAUUGACCUAAUCAACACAUACACCAAGUUUGAACAUUCUAGCCCAAUUAGGAAGAGAGUUAUCGUGUCCCAAAGCAUCAACCAAUCAAAUUGCUUAUCUCUGCUUACCCUAAGCGGAAAAUGCUCAUCUUCGAACUCCAUCAAGGCAUUGACCUAAUAAACACAUACACCAAGUUUGAACAUUCUAGCUCAAUUAGGAAGAGAGUUAUUGUGUCCCAAAAAGUGUGACGGACAGACGGACGGACAGACAGACAGACGGACGAACCCAUUUUAAUAGUCCCCUGCUUUCUUCGAAAGGCGGGGGACAACAAAGUUUACAAACAAUUGAAAUACUACUGUAAAUACUCACCACUCAGACUAGAGAGUGAGAGAGAGAGAGAGAGGAAGGGAGAGAGAGAGAGAGAGAGAGAUGGGGUUUAAUGUCCACUUGACACAAACCAGGUCAUUUUGGGACUAACAUAUGAUUCAAUUUUAUUUCAAUAAUUUGCUUGCGCGUAGGUGUCUUUAGCUGUGGGAGGAAACUGGAUUACCCGGAGAAAACCCACGAGGUGGUCCUUGUCAUGUACAAUCAGCAAAUACCACACCAGUUCACUCAAUGACAGACCAUAUGAUACAGCGCUCACCACUCAGACUAGAGAGUAAACAAACACGGUUGAUCUCACAACAUGUAAUAUUUUAAUCCAUACCAUCAACAAAUAAACUGACAGAUUAUCCCAGUGAUGGGAUUUUACCCGUAUAUUCCGGACUUGUCCGAAUCUUUUUUCGAAACGCCCAAAAUUGUCCGACCGGGAAUAUGCCCAAUCGGACAUCAAGACAUGGUGAAUAAUAUUCAAAUUCCACAAUUAAUAUAGUGUACUGAGUGUAUAACUACCGUGCAACCCGAUUAUCGUUGAUAAUAGGCUGGAUUGAUUAGGUAAUUAAGUGAUCGACUAUUUAUCGUGUUAUAUCGUCUUACACACCCACCUUGGUUAACUACUAUUCUGCCUUGAUUGGCUGAACUAAUUCUUUAUCGGACAAUUCAUCAAAUCAAUCCUGAACAGAAGUCAUUGCUUCUCCUUUGUCGGACGAUAUAUCAAUCCAAUAAGAGUGAUUAGAAACUUAAUCUGAUUAACCCGUGAUUUCUCCAUUGACCAUUGUCUCACAUUUUAAUCUCCUUUGUGUCGGACAAUAACACGUAGAAAUUAGUCAUAUAUGUCACAUAUCAUGAUAGUAUAUAACACCUCAAACCAACAUACAUUGUAUCUGAUAACUUGUCUGUGAUAUAUUUUCGGUGGAAGCCGAAGUUAAAUAAAGAUAUUUCACACACAUGGCGCUUAUAGAGUUCAGUAAUUAAAAUGAAAGAACAAAUCUUGCGAGACACGUGAAAUUAAGAGAUGUAUACGUGCUGAAUCCAAUAUGCCUGAUGUUCGAGAAAAGAUUCUAUUUUGAUAGCAUAUUGUCGGAUUUAUGAUCAUAUUUUGAAGGGGGUUUAUGUCUUUAAAUAAAUAAAUAAACAUGCUAAGAAAUGUUGACGAAUAUUUUGAUUGGAAUGACGUAAGUAGUUAAUUGUUUUAGACGAUAGCGCGUGCUACAGUCGAAUGCAAUUAUUUAGAAGUUGGUUACACUCGCUCAUUAGGGCGUCGUUAACUACGGUUUACGGCCAAAUAAAUUUCGGGAUGUCAUUUUUUUACCUUCCGUAUAUAAAUCGAAACGGAGUAUCAAACGAAUUCUAUAGUAUUACGAUGUCAUGUAAUUUUGUAGGAAUAUUAUUGACAUAAAUUUGAUUACCGUACGGGUUUUAAACAUGAAAUAUAACGAGGUGCACCUAUUUUUUUUUUUACAUAUGAAUUUGAAUAUAUUUUGUUGACACAUGAUUCUUAAUUGUGUUUUGAAAACGUCUGCUUAAAUUACGGUAAGAGUUAUGCCCCUUUAUUUUCGGGAAAAAAUGUCCGACAUGAAAUUUUUUGAAAUCCCAUCACUGGAUUAUCCCCACAGAGCAAUAAGCAGUUCCCAUGUUAAACAUUACGGUAUUGUUAAUAACUGUGCAAAAGUUUCAACACAAUUCAUCAAAGAAUAUGAAAACAUUUGCAAUAUCAUAUUACGACUUGGUUUAAUUGGUUAAUUUUUGAAAGAUUCAACUUUUAUUGCACAAAUGAACUAAAGAGUUAAAAUGGUGUUGGAGAGCAUGCUAAUGGGGAAGAUGUUGCUUCUCUGACUCUCCUUCAAGCUACUCCACUAGUAUAGGAAUGACAUCAUCCAAGGUCAUGAGAUGUAAGCAGGGUUAGGGCAUGUUAUUGUUGCCGAGGAUUGUGGGUUAGGGUUAGCACUAGCCCUGUUUACAUCUCGUGACCUAUGACAAAAUCUGCAGGUGUGCAUGUGAAAUAGAUCUAGCCGUGGUCCCAUCUCAUUAUUCUCCUGUAUGAAACCUAGUAAUAAACACCUGAUCUAAUUAACUACUAUAGAAACCAUAAAUACAGGACAACAACUUUCAUCCAAUAAAACCCAGGGGAUAAUUACUGUCGAAAUGCAUACUCCUUGCAGUGUUUUGUUUGAUUAGACCUCAAACACAGGAGACAUUUGAUUGGACAAUGAGAAUGGACAUGCUCCGUCAAAAACUCAAGUUUUCAGUCUCAAUACAGCAAUGGCUAGAGAGGGAUUUCUCUGGCCCUUGCUUCAGGUCGAAAUGUAUCUUACCUAUCUGGAAUCCUGAUGAUUUCUUUCUUCUCAUGUUUCAAUUUGCGUAUUUUCGCUUGGAGAUUUUCAUUUUCUGUUCUUAACUCGUCUAGCUCUUUCUUGAGUUUAUCGUUAUCUUCUUGAAGAUAUUUAUUCUCUGCUUCAAUCAUACAGACGGUAUAUUUAUCUAUAACACCACUGGCUGUUCCUACAUCUACCAAUACCUGUUCUACUGGUCUCGUCGGUUUCACUGGUUCACCUGAAAAUCAUGUUAAACAUCUUGUUAAAGAUACAUUAUGUAAGAUUUAGAUAAAGAGCUGGCCAUUCUUACUAUAAUAGGUCAAAAGUAGAUAAUGCAAAAUGAACAAUUUGAAAAUUUAAUUCAAAUUACUUUAUUGCGAGCCGAGAUAUUAGCCUUUGAAGGUUUGACAAGAUGUGUGCAAUAAUUUUAACCAACGUACUGGUUGUUUGAAGUUAAGUCUUGCUCCUCCAUUUUUAGCUUAAAUCAAAAUAUGGCUGAACUGUUCUAAUCUAUUUAAUAUCUGAUCCAACGCAUGCAUUAACCAAGAUAUUAGCAAUUCAAUUCUAGGCUAGCCUCUUCCUUACCAACGUUGGCAAAAUAAUAAACAAAGUCUUGAUUAUCCAUUUUUACAUCAAAUUAUCCAUCAUAAAAUGUAUUCAAAUCCACUAAAUAUCGCAGGCUAGCGAUGCCAUCUAGAGUUGAUUAUGGUCUGGAUAGUCUAAUUAAUAAUUUAGAUAACAUUUCAGGCCUAAACAAAGCCCUGCAAUAGACAGAUUUAGCUCUUGCAUUGUAUAAUGUAUGAUUAAUGUGUGGUAAAUAAAAUAGAUACUUACAUGUGGUUGUAUCUAAAUCUUCA